UGCUCACCCGUAUUUCGCUGGCUGUUACAUUUAUUGCUAUCACGAUACCUUGACGUACAUCUACGCACCCAAUCACAAUUUUUUGCACCAAACACCACCCGCUCCUCUCUCUCUCUCUCUAGCGUCCCCCCGCUCCUACCCGUGCUAUCGUGCGCCGUCGUACGAAAAACACCGCAGCUAUCGUGCGCCGGCCGGAUCCGUUGGUCCGCGAUGCUGAUGCUGGUGAACUGCUCCGGGUGCCGCACCCCGCUGCAGCUCCCCCCGGGCGCCCACUCCAUCCGCUGCGCCCUCUGCCACGCCGUCACCCACGUCGCCGACCCCCGCGGCGCCCCCCCGCCGCCGCAGCACUCCGCCGCUCCGCCGCUCCCGCCGCCGCCGCAGGGGUCGCCGUGGGGCCCUCCGCCGCCGCCGUCCCCGCACGGGCGCAAGCGGGCGGUGAUCUGCGGGAUCUCGUACCGCUACUCGCGCCACGAGCUCAAGGGCUGCAUCAACGACGCCAAGUGCAUGCGCUACCUCCUCAUCAACCGCUUCCGCUUCCCCGACUCCUCCAUCAUCAUGCUCACCGAGGAAGAAACUGAUCCAUUCAAGAUUCCGACCAAGCAGAAUAUCCGAAUGGCCCUCUAUUGGCUGGUUCAAGGUUGCCAGCCCGGAGACUCGUUGGUGUUUCACUACUCGGGCCAUGGCUCGCAGCAAAGGUGCUACAAUUCCGAUGAAGUGGACGGAUACGAUGAAACACUUUGUCCGCUUGAUUUUGAAACGCAAGGAAUGAUCGUAGACGAUGAGAUCAACGCCACCAUCGUCCGUCCGCUUCCUCGUGGGGCUAGGCUUCAUGCAAUUAUUGAUGCUUGCCACAGCGGCACCGUGCUCGAUUUGCCCUUCCUCUGCAGAAUGAAUAGGAGCGGGCAGUACGCCUGGGAGGAUCACCGCCCGCGGUCAGGUGUCUGGAAAGGUACGAGUGGUGGGGAAGCCAUUUCAUUUAGCGGCUGUGAUGACGACCAAACCUCUGCUGAUACCUCGGCCCUUUCGAAGAUCACCUCAACAGGUGCGAUGACCUUCUGCUUUAUCCAAGCUAUUGAAGGGGGCCAUGGAAUGACAUAUGGGAGCAUACUAAAUGCCAUGAGAUCAGCCAUCCGAAACACAGGCAAUGAUGCGAUGAGCGGAGGUGCUGUCUCUACACUCCUCACCAUGCUGUUGACGGGAGGCAGUGUUGGUGGUGGGUUGGGGCAGGAGCCGCAGCUGACUGCAAAUGAACCAUUUGAUGUCUAUGCGAAGCCAUUCUCUCUUUGACGUGAAGUUUUUGCCUUCUUUCUUCCCCUGUAUUUUUCUCACAGCUUUCUUUUGUCAGGUGAUUCUGUAGAAUUAGGAUUAGCUGCCUAGAUGGUUUACCAGUUGAGAGGUCGAAAUAUAAUAUUCACAUAUCAGCUGCAUGUUUGGCUUAUGAGCAUUUUCCUUUAUUUACUUUUCCUAGUACAUUCUUUUUCGUAUUUAAAAAUAUCUUUUGUGUUAUUUUAAUCUUGUUUAUAGACAAUGAUGAUAUCAAAUGAUGAUGAUAUAACUGAAGAGGAGGGAUAGAGCUGUCUUUUAAA